AUGGGCACUCCCACUGUGCCAAUGAACCCUCAGCUCGAGCGGAUCCUCUCCCGCCCUGAAAACGCGGUCUGUGCAGACUGUAAUGCCCCCAACCCCCGAUGGGCAUCAGUCAAUAUAGGCGUCUUCAUCUGUACCAACUGUGCCGGUGUGCAUCGUGGCGUUGGUACUCAUAUUACGUUUGUCCAGUCGGCAACAAUAGACCAGUGGAAGCCCGAGUGGGUGGCCUUGGCUGAUGCUGUUGGCAAUAAGGUUGGUAAUGAAUACUACGAGUAA